CUUGGGUUUUCCUGCCUCUGAGCCGCAGUUUAAACACCAGCCAUGAAUCGGAGAUUAAAAGCGACAAGGAACCUCACACGAGUCACAGAUGGGGGCAGACUGAGAGCAAUAAGCGCUCCAUCCCGCGGGCCGCGUCCGGAAGAAGUUCCGGUUCUGGAUCUGGACAGACUGAGGGACAGAGAAGAUGAGGAUGCUGGUGUUAUUCCGGUGGCGGGAAAAGCGUGCGCCGUGCUGUCGGCCCUCAGCUGGGGUUCAGCUUCCCCCUCGAACACACUGCAGGAAUGGGAUGUUGGGACAGCGGCCACGCAGGAAGGACGUGUCUCAGUGUUGGCAUCUCCUCAGUACAGCUACAGAGACCUGACCAUCAGAUCACCCAGCAAUCACAAAGCAAACAUGGAACCGUGUCAUGAGCUCCAUCAGACACAAACCGACACGAGCCACGCCCGACCGAGGAAGUUGGAAGCCGAGGGUGUGACGAUGGAGAGGAGACGGCAGGCUGUGAUGGAGCAGGUGAUGGUGGACCAGCUCUCCAGAGCCGUCAUCAGCGACCCGGAACAAAACUCCGCAAACUCGGAGAACAUUUCGGCUCGUCACAAGAGAACUUUACACCACACCAUGGUGAAAACUCCGAAAUCUUUAACAGAGAACCUCCUCUCCUACAAACUCUGCUUUUAUGCCAGAAUUUUAUCACGAUGUGGGCGUGAGGCCUGUCGAGAGCUGAUUGGCUUCUACUUCACAUGUGAUCAGACACUAACGGUGUACGAGUAUCGCAGUUUUGGGAAGAACAGGUGUAACGCACUGCCAUUUAUUGUGCGUGGGGUUUAUAGGACUCGAGGAAGACCAUACUGUCUCUCUGACAUCUCACAGGGUGCAAAUCUGCGCUUCAGUACAGACGGACCCCACGUCCCCGAGAACCUGAGACAGCGGCCAUAUCUGACUCUCAGAGUUACUGAUGUGGACGAAGAGGCCAAGAGUUUACUACUAGUCCAGUUUGGAGAAACUGAACAUCGUCUUUCUGCCGAGGAAAUUAAUGAUGGGAAAACUCUAACGACAAUUCAAGCGUCUGUACGUGAGAGGUUGAAGGGUCGCGCUGUCCGAACCCUGAUUGGUUUAGGGAGGAGGCUGCAGAGUUUAGAUGUGAAGCAGAACGGCAUUGUGGGUAGAGAACAGCUCAGAGAGUGCCUGAUGGAGGAGCUGAGUCUCAGUGGACAGGAGGUGGAGGCGGUGUGGAGGGUCGUGGGCCUCCAGAGAGAGCGCGUGGUGGACUACGCUGAGGCGAUGUGUGCUGUGACCGGAGACAUGAACGAGAGCAGAAAAGCUGUGUUUAUAAAGGUUUAUAAUAAACUCGACCCAAAUAAAACGGGUUCCGUUUCUCUGACUGACAUUGAGAAAUUUUACUGUGUUAAUCAUCAGCUGCAGCGCCCUGAGCACGGAGCAGAAUUAGACUUCAUCACGUGUGUACGGGACGCAGGAAGGGUCACUAAACACGUGUCUUAUGCAGAGUUUCAGGACUAUUACGAGGGACUGAGCAUCGAAAUCCCCAAUGACCAGGUUUACAUCAACAUCCUGAGGAGCACCUGGAAUAUCUGAGUGUGUGUGUGUGUGUGUGAAUACUAUACUGAUUUACUGUAUAUUCACUUAAAGUAAAAAAAAAAAAAAUAAUAAUUCACAAAUCAAAUUUCUGUCUUAUUUUUAUGUUAUUAAACCUACUGAGACCUUUGUUUUACAAAAAACCUUUUGAUCAAACGACUCUUCUGUUCCUUGAUGGAGGAAAAGAGAUCUCAAUAAACAUCAUUUAUGCUACGCUUUAUAUUUACAUAUGCAUCAAUUUUCUAAAUGAUAAAUAUGAGUAGAAAGAUAAAAGUGAUAUUACGUGUAAACUAUGUAAAAUAUUUAUUACAGCAUUUAUCACAUUAUUUAAAGAUGUUCAGUCAUACAGCAGUUUGGUUGUUUUACUGAAGACUGAGAAAGUGUUUAAAUGUCUGAAAUUGACAUUACUUAUAAGUGUAAUAACUUUAUUAAUAGUGAUUUAUCCUGUAACGACAUUAGAAGAUCGCGAGCCCCUGGUUACGCGUUACAGAUCCCUGACCCUGACCCUGAACCUGACCCUGAACCUGACCCUGAACCUAACACUGACCCUGAACCUAACACUGACCCUGACCCUGAACCUAACCCUGACCCUGAACCUGACCCUGACCCUGAACCUAACCCUGACCCUGAACCUAACACUGACCCUGAACCUAACCCUGACCCUGACCCUGAACCUGACCCUGACCCUGAACCUAACCCUGACCCUGAACCUAACCCUGACCCUAAACCUAACCCUGACCCUGACCCUGAACCUAACCCUGACCCUGACCCUGAACCUGACCCUGACCCUGACCCUGAACCUGACCCUGACCCUGACCCUGUGGGAACUGGGUGUAAGAAAUGUAAAAAUAAUUUA